AUGACGAUCCAAUCCCGCUGGACGGUCGACGUCCCGCGAUGCUCGCUGGCGCAAUGGAUCUUCGGCUCGGCCUGCGACCCGCUGCCGAACCACAAGUCCUUCAUCGACCCGGACGACCCGGACAACAACUUCCUGACCAUGCCGCACUUCCGCUUGCUCGCCAAACGGGUCUCCCUGGGCCUGCUCCGCGCCGGCCUGCAAAAGGGCGACCGCGUGCUGCUCUUCUCGGGCAACAGCCUGCUGUUUCCUUCCGUCUUCCUCGGCAUCCUCAUGGCCGGCGGGAUCGUCACGGGUGCCAACCCGAGCUUUGUCCCGCGGGAACUAGCGUACCAGCUUCAGGACAGCGGUGCCACUUUUCUGUUUGCGGCUGAGCAAGCGCUGGAUACCGCGUUCGCGGCGGCCAAGGAGGCUGGGCUGUCGAAAGACCGCGUGUUUGUCCUGGGGCCUGCCAGCGUGCCGGUUAAGGAACUGGCGACGGCGUCUUCCCCGGCCCAGGGCCCCGCAGCAGGGAGCAACAAACCGGUAGAUCUAGCAGGGGCCCGGCACUGGACCGAGUUGUUGAGACUCGGGGGCAGUCCCGCGCAGGCGGAAGCGUGGCGCUGGGAAGAGCCCGCCAACCCGGAAGAGACGACGUGCUGCCUCAACUACUCGAGCGGGACAACGGGAGUGCCCAAGGGCGUGGAGAUCAGCCACUACUCGUACGUGGCCAACGGCGUCGGCGUGGUGCACACGACCAAACUACACCCAGACUUUGCGCAGAAGCAGCAGACAGACAGCGGCCUGGCCUUCCUCCCGUUCUACCACACCUACGGCCAGACCUACUUCAUCGCCAACAUGCCGCAUCUGCACAUCCCCGUCUACGUGAUGCCCGCCUUCGACUUUGUCAAGAUGCUCACCCACAUCCAGCGCUUCCGCAUCACCACCCUCGCCGUCGUCCCGCCCAUCGUCGUGCUCCUCGCCAAACACCCCGCCGUGAAACAAUUCGACCUCUCCUCCGUCGAAACCAUCGGCUCCGGCGCCGCCCCGCUAUCCCUCGAAGUCUGCGAGGAAGUCCAACGCCAAUUCACCGCUUCCACCUCCCCCAGCGCUCGAGAAUUUCGCAUCCGCCAGGGCUGGGGCAUGACCGAGCUAACCUGCACCGCCCUAUCCUGGGACCCAACCUCCCCGAUCCCCACCUCCUCCGGCGUCGGCGAACUCUCCCCCAACUGUGCCGCCCAACUCGUCUCCCUCGAAACCGGACAACCCAUCACCACCCCCAACACCCCCGGCGAACUCUGGGUCACCGGCCCGACCCUCAUGCGCCGCUACUGGCGCAAACCCCAAGCCACCGCCGACACUAUCACUGUUGAUACCAACGGCACCCGCUGGCUGCGCACCGGCGAUAUCGCUUACAUUGAGGCCUACCGCGCCGGCGGUAUCGUGCAUGUUGUCGAUCGCGUGAAGGAGUUGAUCAAAGUGAAGGGGAACCAGGUGGCGCCGGCGGAGUUGGAGGGGGUGUUGCUGGAGAAUCCGGAGGUGGCGGAUGCUGCGGUGGUGGGGGUGACGAUUGGGGGGGAGGAGGUGCCGAGGGCGUAUGUGGUGCGGAGGGCCGGGUCGAAGGUUACUGAGGCGGAGGUGGCGGGGUGGAUGGAGGGGAAGGUGGUGAGGUAUAAGAGGUUGAAGGGGGGGGUGGUGUUUGUGGAGGGGAUCCCGAAGAAUCCGUCCGGCAAGAUCCUACGCAAACAGCUGCGUGACAGGGCGAGAGAGGAGGUGGGUGAUACUGCGCCGAAGACGUCAAGGCUCUGA